AUGUCGUCGAUAGUCACAUCAAAUGGUCAUGCAGUUACUGCUUCGACGCUCAAUAAAGAAAAGCGAGUGCAAAUCGUGACGAGUGACGUGUCACCGGGUGUCGAUCUGCUGGAGACUCCGAAUCCGCAAAGACUGCUGGGACUCGGAGGAACAACGCCGCUCGGAGGUGGCUAUCAGGACUACAAUUUUCCGUUGACUGCCGAGCUGAUGCAGAAAUGUAUGUCGGUGAAUCCUUUUGAAGCCAAAUUCCGAGAAGCGAACAGGAAGCUAACCACGGGUGCUCUUGAGGCAAAUGGUCUCGUUCCGGCGACGAUGUCGCUGUCGAGUACUAACGAUCUCUCAGCUUUCUCAUUGCUAAAACUGCCUUCAUCCCUCUCGGAAUCCCCAGGAAUCUUUUCGAAUAUCAGCAUUCUGCAAACGGAUGCUGAUGGAGUCGUGAAUGAGAAUCUGAAAACUGCCGACAUAUCAAAGUUACUACUUCAAAUGAGAGACUCGAGUUCGUCGAACAACGAUGGUUCUAGUACACAACAAGCACCGAGAACUGCCGAUGUACUGAAUGCUGUUCUUGACAUGCACUCGGAUCGUUUGCACACGAUUAAUUACAUCAACAAGCCGGACUUCUCAAUGUUCUCCUCGUUAACGCCGUCCGGAUCUGCUCCAAACUCAGCUGGGAUCUUGGCUUCAGCUGCCGCUGCUCACUGCGUUCCGUCGACAAGCGGGGGACUUUUGUCAGCGCCGCCAAGAAGUGUUACGAUAAGCCCAGUGCAGUCGCCACGUAGCAUGAAAGAUCAGCCCGUGCUCGAGAAGCGUCCAUCUGGUGAGUCAGACGUUGUGACGCCAGUGGCCUCGCAAGCCCAUCUGCUAUCAGCGUUGCAUUCUGCAGCGUCGGCAGUUGCGGCAGCGGCCGGCGUCGAUCCGGCGAGCUGGGAUCCACGUGAUGUGAAGCCUCCCGUCAGCAAACACAAUGCCUCUCAAUAUUUUGAGCAAGAGCAAGAGUUGAUGCCAUCGUCAAAUUGUGGCACAUUGCCUCCAACAGUUGCAUCAACGGGUGCCCCUCAACUACUCUCAUUGGAUGAUCGUAGUUCAGGGAAAUCAAGUGCUGAACGUGAAGUCCCACCGCCACCGUCUGGCACAGGUCGAGGGCGUGGUCGAGGAAGAGCAUCAUCCGCUGCAGAUAUGUUACCUGAUGAAAGGAAGUGUGUCACUUUUCAUUUCAAUCAGGUUCUUCGACGUGAGCUCGAGCGAGUGACUGCCCUACUUCGGGAACGAGAGGCUCGAUGUGUGUGUCUGAAAGGAAUGCCUCUGAGCACCGAUCUACGUGCUGAAUCACCUGUUGAUGUCGACUUACUAUCGACUCAACAUACCAGUAUGUAUAUACCACAAGCACAGCAGCUGAUCAACGGUUUAAGUUUACCGAAUGGAAUGGGCUUGAAAAGGACGAAAAUGUAG